AUGUUAAGGGAAGAUAACUCCGAUGGUUCUUCCGGAAGGCUCAUGUCUAGAAAACAGGCAGCUAAAAUGUUGAUCAUUUUAGUUAUACUGUUUCUGAUUUGCUGGUUGCCGUAUAAUAUAUUCUCGCUGUGUGUCGAUUUAACAAGCACCGACGCUCCCACUUCCGGUUUGCCAUUCGCGUUAUGGCUUGGCCACGCCCACAGCGCUGUAAACCCCGUCAUGUAUUGGGUAUUAAAUAGACGCUUUAGAGACCGAGUUAAAAACUUGAUGAAUUACAUCAGAAGACGUUCCAACCAUUUUCAAAGUACGCCGACACCCGAGGGCGCAAACACUCGGCAAACCUCAGCAGAUUCCAACAGCUGUUCUUGUCAAGCC